CUAAUUUAAGCAAAAUGCAUUUUACUCUGUACAGAUUUUUGAACACUACUAGCAGACUAUCAAACGUUGUGAAUGGAAGAUGGACUACAACACAUUAUUUACAAAAACCAAGAGAAAAGGACGAAAGAUGGAAGGAUGUGGACAUGGAACGUGUUCAGGAUGAUUUUGACGUUGUAAUUGUGGGAGGAGGACCUGGAGGAUUAUCUGCUGCUAUAAGACUAAAGCAAUUGGCAGCUGAAAAGGAAAAAGAGGUUAGAGUUUGUGUUGUUGAAAAAGCUCCAGAAAUUGGUUCCCACACUCUUAGCGGUGCUAUUAUUGAACCACAUGGUCUGAACAAACUUUUUCCAAAUUGGCGCGAAAUGGAAGAUUGUCCAGUGAAGCAACCUGUUGUAAAAGAUUCGCUUCCAGGCUUCCCUUUAAAAAAUCAUGGAAAUUACAUUGUUAGACUAGGUCAUGUAGUUCGGUGGUUAGGUGAACGUGCAGAAGAAUUAGGUGUUGAGGUUUUUCCAGGAAUACCUGCUCAAGAAUUGUUAUACAAUGAAGAGCAGAGUGCUGUUUGUGGAGUUGCUACAGCCGAUAUGGGGAUUGCUAAAGAUGGAAGUCCAAAGGUUAAAAAUAUAUGCACAAUUUUGGCCGAAGGCUGCCGCGGUCACUUAACUCGUUCUCUACUACCUAAAUUCGAUUUGUCCAAAGGACGUGAGCCAAUGACAUAUGGUAUUGGUAUUAAAGAAUUAUGGGAAGUAGAACCAUCAAAACACCGGCCUGGCUAUGCAGAACAUACAAUUGGUUGGCCUUUGAAUCGAAAUGAAUAUGGAGGUUCUUUUCUCUAUCACAUUGAGGACAAUGGACAGCCUCUUGUUUCAAUUGGUUUUGUUCUUGGAUUAGACUACAAAAAUCCAUACUUGAAUCCAUUUAAAACUUUUCAGUUAUAUAAAACCCAUCCUUCAAUUCGAAAGCAUUUGGAAGGGGGAAAAAGAAUUGGUUAUGGGGCUAGAGCAUUAAAUGAAGGAGGAUAUCAAUCAGUUCCAAAAGUUGUAUUUCCUGGUGGUUGUUUAAUUGGAUGUUCAGCAUCUUUACUUAAUGUUGCAAAAAUAAAAGGAACACAUAAUGCAAUGCUUAGUGGUUGUUUGGCUGCAGAAACAAUUUUUCAAGAAAUUGAAAAUUCUGGGGAGGAUGUCCAAACUAUAACCCCAACAAAAUAUGAAAAAGAAUUGGCAGAAUCAUCUGUAAUGAAAGAACUACGUCAAUCUAGAAAUGUUCGGCCAUCUUUUGGAAGUUCUUUGGGAUUGUGGGGUGGAUUGGCUUAUACGGGGACUUUCUUUGCUUUAGGAAUAGAACCUUGGACUUUUAAACAUGGACAUAAAGAUAAUGAGAGUAUUGAACUAAAACAAAAACAUAAACAAAUAGAAUAUCCAAAACCGGAUGGAAAAAUUACUUUUGACCUCCUUUCUUCUGUUCAUUUAACUGGUACAAAUCAUGAAGAAGACCAACCUGCACAUUUAACGCUUAAAGAUGAUACAAUUCCUGAAGAUGUUAAUUUACAGCUUUAUGAUGGACCAGAAGGAAAAUAUUGUCCAGCUGGUGUUUACGAAUUCGUACAAAAAGAAGGCGGAAAAGAAGGUGAAAUGCGUUUACAAAUAAAUGCUCAAAAUUGUAUUCACUGCAAAACUUGUGACAUAAAGGACCCUUUACAGAAUAUUUAUUGGGUAGCGCCGGAAGGAGGUAGAACAAAUUUUUUUAAUUAA